AUGCUGCAUCACGUUCCAAAAAAAGCUCAAGAGAGCGCGAGAGGCUUUUCGUUCUGUGACCGCUGUGGCUUGCCUCGUGGAACAAAGAACUGUCACGCGUGCGAGAGCCUCAGUCUACAACCGGGGCAGCAGCAGAUGAACCCCCAAUGGGAAGCACGCGACGACCACCAGAUCGGCCAUCUUCUGCGCCAUGGUCAAGCUCUGUCAUUCUUUCCUCCCCUUCAGUGCAUAUCCAAAGUCAGACUCUGGUUGAUUUUUCGUAUAGAGACAGUCAUAUCCCCUCGACGGUGCUGCCGUGUCCUUUGUCCUAAAAUUUUGUUCAGCACGCCCAGGCGGUGGGGAAUUUGGAUGUGGAUAACUUUAUGCAUUUGCUUCGGCGUCGUUGUGUUUUACCUGCAGACGAGUCAUGCAGAUGCUGCCUUCUGUUGUUACCCUCGAUACCUUGAGUACUGCUUGGAACUAGUAGAAGAAAAAUUCGCUGUUGUUGAGGAAAAACUUGAGAUACUAAUGGAAUUUGCUGACAGCAUCAACAAGAAAAGGAGCAGCGAGGAGGAGCGGCGCCUCGCCAGCCUGGAUUGGAUGGUGAAGGAAGUGUUGAAGGUACAGCUGUCGGAUUUCGACGUGACUGUUCAGCGGUCGAAAGGCAUAUUUUAUGAGGAUCGGUGGUUAACCGUCAGAUGCAUUUCGUGA